AUGCAGAAAGAUAUACUGACGAGUCCACUUGAAGCAGGAGAAGAAGGGGAAGCGAAGGGUGAGAACGAAGAUAGCAACACGCGAUCUGACGCCAUAAACCUCAUACGUGCGCGGACUAUCAGUCGCUCAUCUACCCCGAAAGUUCCCCAGGAGGGUCUUGCUGGCGACAACCAACGUGCUGUUUCAAUUCCCCGGAUUGUGGUGAUGGAACCUCCCGGGGAGGCAAGGGCCAGAAGAAAUAAGAAAAAGAAGGAUAAGUACAACAAGAAGAAAAAACUCCUGCUAGGUGAUUCCGGAAGUGAGACGUCUGGGAGCCAGGGCUCUGAAUUGAACAGUAAGCCUAUCGCGGAUUCGAAUACUCCGAGUGAUGCUUCGUCUCAUUCAAAGGAUAUAGAGGACCUGUCACACUUUGGUCGUAUGUCAGCCAAAGGCUUGUACUCUAGCGUUGUUGCAAGUAAAGAGAAACCCACCCCAGACAACAAUGUGUCCCAGGGAUGCACAGUGGACAGUGACAAGAAGCGAACUCUGAUCGAGUCACUGAGCAAGUUGGACAUCAAAGGCAAGCAGCGGAUCCAGCGAGUGAACGCAGUCACAGGCAACGAUACCUCGGGGGACAUAAAUACUCAGCGUGGUCCCCAACCAGUGGACAGGGCGAGAAGAACUGUGAUCACUCCUUCAUAUGCCACGGUUCUUUCUGGAAAACGUGCUCUGCUCAAUAAUCCAUCUGACUCCCUCCAGGCAACCAUGGCAGCGUUCUCUAAAGUAUCAGACGAGUCUUCCCCCAGACAGGAUAGCAAUUGUGAAGCACACUCCAGCAAUGCAAUACUGUCUCCUAUCCCAGAAUUCUCCAGUGAAGCUACAGCAACAGGUAACCUGAACUCCCACAAACCACUCAGUCAAACGGACCCAGAAACCGCAGGUCCCAGCUCAAUCGACAAUUCAACCUCCACCCCCGUGUCCACAGCAUCCACUGGCUGGAGCAACACAACGCUGCAAACAAGCCCCCAGACAACCGAGCCAUCUUCUGAGCCCUCCUCGUCCAAAGUAGCCAGUCAUCGCCACGCCACUAGUCUUCACCACGCCCACCCCCUCCCACCCACACCCCCAAGCAGCACCCAUUCCCACUCCCUCUCGACCCCCAACGAGGCCAUCACCAAUGCCCAGGGCACCCUCUCCGCCCAGAAACCCGAAGGCUUCUUCUGGCAGCUCGACAGCCACGGCUUCCCGUGUGCCAAAGCCCAUUGCGAAAAACGCUGCAACCUCUGGGACGGAGCAACAGUGAUCUGUCCGCGAUGCGGGCCCUACUCCGAAGUACGCUACUGCAGUAGAGACCACCUACUCGAGGACAUCAAGCCUCACUGGCUCUACUGCGGUCAGAUGGUAUUUCAACACCCAUGUCGCGAGACCUCAAUUCCCCGCCGAGUGCGCGUCGGUCCCCCAAUGAUCCCCUGCGUGCAUCACUACGACAUGCCAGAGCGUCAUCGCCAAGCAGUCCACUUCAACAUGAACUUCAGAGAAGGCGACUACUUCAUUUUCACGGACUGGCUCGAUUUCGUGACCGCCGGACUACCAGGUGAUAAGACCGCAAUCCGUUGCUCUAAUAGAGUUAUGUACGUGGUGAAGUUCGAUGACCCCGCAGAGAAAGAUCGUUUCCGUCGUGUUCUCGCGGCUUGUCUGUUCAUGACUAUCGAACUCCCCGACCUAACAGAUUACCUCUACCGUCUCAUCCGGGACAAACUGCGUCUCUCCAAUGCCCCAAAUCACAUUGAACCCUCCCUGCGCUACCAAUUCUUGCAAGAGUUCAACGUCACCAUCCAGGAACGCAUCACCGGCGCCCGCCAUGCGUGCGAAACCGACUGGGAUGGACGAAACCGCCGCAAUUGCCACGAUCCAGUGUGUCGGAGUGAGUAUCGUCGGUUGCUGGGAUCCAUUGGUGGCAGAGGGUAUAGUCGGGUGAUUGAGGCGUUGGAGUCCACGUAUUGGAUUCUGAGGGCCGCCAGGACGACGCACCCGACUGUUGGGGAUGCGAUGAAGCGUAUGAAGGGGGAGGGGUAUGAGGAGGUGGCGGACGAGGAUAGGCGGGUUUUUAGGAGAGGGGAUGGGUGGGAUGGGGCGGGUACGGGAGACAUGGAAAUCGAGGGGUUUAAUGAGGGGGAUGAGAUGUGA